UAGGCAUGUAAGAGCGUGGAGAGUCCCUAGUGGGGGCAGAGACGUGGUUUUCCUUGAUAACCGGGUAGGGUUGGCAGGACUAAGUGUGUUCCGGGGCUGGGCUGAGUCAGGCGCUUGCCCUGGGGUGUGGAGGGCGGCGAAGCUGCGCCUGGCUUACCUCUGCGAGGGCAAAGAAGCAGCCAAAGGGCAAAUGCUUGUUUCCAGUUAAGACAAGCGAUCCCCGGGGACGCAGAGGCUCUCUAUUCCCGGCCUUCGGAAUUAGAGAACCGACCGCCGCGGGGGCCCUGGGCUGCCCGCGGCCUCGGCAGAGCUACGGGAUAGCACCAGGCCCCUACCUUGCACGGCCCGGGUGAAAAGUGUCUGCUGUGCCGGCUCGGACCCACUUAAACCUCCUCGCCAAUCGCUGCUCGUCAACUGCCGCUGGGGAAAACCCCCUAGUCCCUGCUCCAGUUCAUAGUGUAGGGCCGAGGAUAACAUAGCAACGGCGUUGAGUAGAUGUUGACUUUUCCGACCCAGAGGAGCAGAACCCGGGGAUUGUUUGCAGAAGGCUCGCGCGGCCGGACACUGUGGGUGUGCGUGCUGGAUUUCUCCCGGAUGCUUCCCGACUAACAUGGAUGUCCCACCAUCCCUUGCAGUGGAAGGUUGCUCCUUGGCGCAGUGAGUGAAGAACAUGCAGCGAUUGCUAAUGGGUUUGGGAAGCGGAGACUCCUUCCUCUCUCUGUGACCAUGCCGUGAUCGUGUCUGCGGCCACCACCCGACGCAUCCUCAUUGCUACCCGAGCCGGGAACCUAACGCUAGAUCGGGGAAGUGGGUGCCGCGCGUGUGGACACAGAAACACCAUGAAGAUUAUUUCCCCGAUUCUAAGUCAUACAGUCUUCAGGCGCACCAUUAAACUCCUGCUCUGCUUACUGUGGAUUGGAUAUUCUCAAGGAACCACGCAUGUAUUGAGAUUUGGUGGUAUUUUUGAAUAUGUGGAAUCUGGUCCAAUGGGAGCUGAGGAGCUGGCGUUCAGAUUUGCUGUGAACACCAUCAACAGAAACAGAACCUUAUUGCCCAAUACCACCCUAACCUAUGACACCCAGAAGAUAAAUCUCUAUGACAGUUUUGAAGCGUCCAAGAAAGCCUGUGAUCAGCUCUCUCUCGGGGUGGCUGCCAUCUUCGGGCCUUCGCACAGCUCUUCAGCAAACGCUGUGCAGUCCAUCUGCAACGCCCUGGGCGUGCCCCACAUUCAGACCCGCUGGAAGCACCAGGUGUCAGACAACAAAGACUCCUUCUAUGUCAGUCUCUACCCAGACUUCUCCUCGCUCAGCCGUGCCAUUUUGGACCUGGUGCAGUUCUUCAAGUGGAAAACUGUCACAGUCGUGUAUGAUGACAGCACAGGUCUCAUUCGUUUGCAGGAGCUCAUCAAAGCUCCAUCAAGGUACAAUCUUCGACUUAAAAUCCGUCAACUACCUGCUGACACGAAGGAUGCAAAACCCUUACUAAAAGAAAUGAAAAGAGGGAAGGAGUUCCACGUGAUCUUUGAUUGUAGCCAUGAAAUGGCAGCAGGCAUUUUGAAACAGGCAUUAGCCAUGGGAAUGAUGACAGAAUACUAUCAUUAUAUUUUUACCACUCUGGACCUCUUUGCGCUUGACGUGGAGCCCUACCGAUACAGUGGCGUUAACAUGACAGGGUUCAGAAUAUUAAAUACAGAAAACACACAAGUCUCCUCCAUUAUUGAAAAGUGGUCAAUGGAACGGUUGCAGGCACCUCCGAAACCCGAUUCAGGUUUGCUGGAUGGAUUUAUGACGACCGAUGCUGCCCUAAUGUACGACGCGGUGCACGUGGUGUCUGUGGGCGUCCAACAGUUUCCCCAGAUGACAGUCAGCUCCUUACAGUGUAACCGACACAAACCGUGGCGCUUCGGGACCCGCUUUAUGAGCCUGAUUAAAGAGGCACAUUGGGAAGGUCUCACAGGCAGAAUAACUUUCAACAAAACCAAUGGUUUACGAACAGAUUUUGACUUGGAUGUAAUCAGCCUCAAGGAGGAAGGUCUGGAAAAGAUUGGAACUUGGGAUCCAGCCAGUGGCCUGAAUAUGACAGAAAGUCAAAAGGGAAAGCCAGCCAACAUCACAGAUUCCUUAUCCAAUCGUUCUUUGAUCAUUACCACCAUUUUGGAAGAACCCUACGUCCUGUUUAAGAAGUCUGACAAACCGCUCUAUGGGAACGAUCGAUUUGAGGGCUAUUGCAUUGACCUGCUCAGAGAGUUAUCUACGAUCCUUGGCUUUACGUAUGAAAUCAGGCUUGUGGAGGACGGCAAAUACGGGGCCCAGGAUGAUGCUAAUGGACAGUGGAAUGGAAUGGUCCGUGAACUAAUUGAUCAUAAAGCUGACCUUGCAGUUGCUCCGCUGGCUAUUACCUACGUUCGAGAGAAAGUCAUCGACUUUUCCAAGCCGUUUAUGACCCUUGGAAUAAGUAUUUUGUACCGCAAGCCCAAUGGUACAAACCCAGGCGUCUUCUCCUUCCUGAACCCUCUCUCCCCUGAUAUCUGGAUGUAUAUUCUGCUGGCCUACUUGGGUGUCAGUUGUGUGCUCUUUGUCAUAGCCAGGUUUAGUCCCUAUGAGUGGUAUAAUCCACACCCUUGCAACCCCGACUCAGACGUGGUGGAAAACAAUUUUACCUUGCUAAAUAGUUUCUGGUUUGGAGUUGGAGCUCUCAUGCAGCAAGGUUCUGAGCUCAUGCCCAAAGCGCUCUCCACCAGGAUAGUGGGAGGCAUUUGGUGGUUUUUCACACUUAUCAUCAUUUCUUCGUACACUGCUAACCUAGCCGCCUUUCUGACAGUGGAGCGCAUGGAAUCCCCCAUUGACUCUGCGGAUGAUCUAGCCAAGCAAACCAAGAUCGAGUACGGGGCCGUGGAGGACGGGGCGACCAUGACUUUUUUCAAGAAAUCAAAAAUCUCCACAUAUGACAAAAUGUGGGCCUUUAUGAGUAGCAGGAGGCAGUCAGUGCUCGUCAAAAGUAAUGAAGAAGGAAUCCAGAGAGUCCUCACCUCUGAUUAUGCUUUCCUAAUGGAGUCAACGACCAUCGAGUUUGUUACCCAGCGCAACUGUAACCUGACACAGAUCGGCGGCCUUAUAGACUCCAAAGGUUAUGGCGUGGGCACCCCCAUGGGCUCCCCCUACAGGGACAAGAUCACCAUAGCGAUUCUCCAGCUGCAGGAGGAAGGCAAGCUGCACCUGAUGAAGGAGAAGUGGUGGAGAGGCAACGGGUGCCCCGAGGAGGAGAGCAAAGAAGCCAGUGCCCUGGGGGUGCAAAAUAUCGGUGGUAUCUUCAUUGUUCUGGCAGCCGGCCUGGUGCUCUCAGUGUUUGUGGCAGUGGGAGAGUUUUUAUACAAAUCCAAAAAAAACGCUCAGUUGGAAAAGAGGUCCUUCUGUAGCGCCAUGGUGGAAGAACUGCGGCUGUCCCUGCAGUGCCAGCGCCGGUUAAAACACAAGCCGCAGGCCCCGGUGAUCGUGAAAACAGAGGAAGUCAUCAACAUGCACACAUUUAACGACAGAAGGUUGCCAGGUAAAGAGACCAUGGCGUAAAGCUGGGAGACCAAAUACCCAAGCACAAUCUGUCGUCUUUUUUCCAAACAAUUUAGCGAGAAUGUUUCCUGUGGAAAUAUGCAACCUGUGCAAAAUAAAAUGAGUUACCUCAUGCCGCUGUGUCUAUGAACUAGAGACUCUGUGAUCUAAGCAGUUGCCGUGACCAGACUUGAUGUACAAGCAUCAUGGAUCGACCCAGUCACACGGGGUUACACUGUCGUGGGCUCCUCCUCCCUUCUUCUGAGUGAAUGUGACAUGCGCAUCUCGUGGCUGGUUUCAAAUGCAGUCCAGUAAGAAAUUACAGGUUCCUUUUGAAGUCCAACUGUUGCCAGGAGAUGGAAUAUCAAUGCCCCAAGCGUAACCAGUAAAAAAAAAAAAAAAAAACAUUAUGAAUAAAAAUACCUGGAAUGAGCAAAAACUGUAGUGUUAAAAGAAACAGUACAGUCUUCUGAACCCCCAGAUAAUGAGGUGGUGAUGUUACCAGCCCCCGAUUACUCAGUAUAAUGGUGAAUAGAUGAUAUGUGUUUAUGGGAUGUGAAAACAAUGUAAUGCAAAACAAAUCUGAAUUUCAUGGCAAGUGGAAUAUAAAGCAGAUCCUCAUCAGUAUUUUCUUUCUUUCUUUCUUUUUGACAAUCUGUGUCACUGACCGAGGUAGAAAUGUCAGUUACCAAGGCAAUAAUAUUUUUCUUGAAUUCACCAAGACAGGAGAUUGCACAUGCAACCCUACCAUAUCCCUACCUAUUGCCCCCAGAGACCCUUUCCCCAGCCCUACACCAGUAAUAUAAAAGCAACAGUAGGUUCAGAGAUUCUGAGUUUAAAAGGAUAAUGUUUUGCAAGCUUUGUCCUAAGUUGUAAACGAGGACUGAGUAUUGAUGGUGAUGUGGAAGACCGAAGCUCCAUUCUAACGUUCAGAUAGGUUCAUCCAAACCCUUGUUCCUGCUGUAAAUGAACUUGACGGAGCCUGGGUAGAUCUUGGUGAAAGGAAAAAGUUCUAGAGAAAAAUAUGUGCAGAGAACUUUGAAGCGGACUGCAUUUAUCAAUACAGUCACAGUGUUAAAUGAACAAAAUUCUUGAGCAGUUUUUUUUCAAAAAAAUGUUCAGGUUUAUUUGUGGAAAUGCAAGAUUUCUAUGAAAAUAGUUUUUGUAUGGAAAUUUUUGUAAUACUUUUUAUCAACAAAAUAAGAACACGUGUUCCUGUCGGGGGUGUGAUGUCGAGCAUGAAUGGUAGUGCGUGUGCACCACCAACGUUUGGUGAAAACUAUUUUUAUCAAGAAAAAGAGGAAUCAUAGCAGAGAAAUAUUUUCGAGUUAGAUGAUAUAAAAAGCUAGGUGCACUACCACCCUGCUUACCACGCCACACCCCUGGCUUCCACAAGGACGAUAACAUGCUGCAAUGGACAAUUGUGUGUGAAAUGGUGAAGACACAGGCCUCUCGACAACAUUGUGAUAACAGUUGAGUGCACACAGUUUGCUGUUUGAAUCCAAUGCACAAAAUUUAAAAAAAUUCAUUAAAAUUAUGUCCAUUUUACUUUCAGCUUUGACUUUCAUUUUUCUCUUGCAUGGGUAAACGAAUCACACUAUGCUCAUUGCAUUAAGGGAAGUACGCUUCCUGAGUCCUGGGUCAUCAAGGAUGGCUGCUUCCCUGCUACCUGGAGAAAAGAAGACAACUGUUCAGGCAAUAAGCUGCCCGGAAGUAGGAAAAGCUGGACUCUGCCAUGUGAUCUUUAGGCUUAGGUAGUUUAAAUGAGCAAAGUGGCAGUUCUAGAGGCAACAUUCAUGAUCUCAUCUCUUCCACGGGCGGAUAUUAACUGUAUUCGUAGGGUUGUAUAGAACCACAUACUGUUAUUGUAUUUGAAGUUCAACUCAUGUCUACUUUAAAAGUUCCUUGUGCAUUGAUAAUUCAGUGUAAAUCAGCCAAUGGAGAGGGAGAGAUAGGCUUAAUAUCAACAAUUAAUAAUGAUGUGGUUUAGAUGUUAGUACCCUAGAACUUUUUCUAAAUCACAAAUUAAAGCAUACUUUACUAAGCAAAAAAGAUACCCAUUUUAUUUUUAUUUUUUAAUUGAAAUAUAGUUGAUACACAAACUAUAUUGGUUUCAGGUGUACAAUAUAGACAUUCGACAAUUACAUACCUUACAAAAUGUUCACCACCAUAAAUGGUUACCAUCGGUCAACACACGAAUAUAUUAUAGUGUUGCUCACUAUAUUCCCUAUACUGUACUUUCUUCCAUGUGACUAUUUUACUUUAUAAUUGGAAUUUUGUAUCUCUUUAUCCCCUUUACAUAGAACUCCUGACCAAAUAAGAAAUAGAAAAUGAAGCUCUGUGAAGUGUUUCUUCAACUCUGCAAAAGUUGCAUAAUCAGAUUGCUAAUAGCUAAUUACAAAUUAAAUGUACAAGUGAUUUCAGAAUUUCUAGAGUCAGGGUUACUUUAAAGUAAAAUUCAUAUUUAAAUGAUAAUUGUGUCCCAAAAUUUAAUUUUAGGGAGAGAUGGCAUGUCACUGUUAAAAAUCUCAGCAUUGGUUUUUCAAAGUGGUAAAUAGC